GAUAUCGUAUGCAUUUGAUUAUGACCCAUACUCUUCAUCCUUGUCAAAUAGAUGCACUGCCAGGAUAUGUUCUGCAACGACCUGAAGGAAUUUCACUGGACCAGGUAUUCGAUCAAGCCCCAGAUUCGCGUGUACCGCCAUUGGCUGAGAGAUGGGAUGGUAGCGAUGUGACCUUCGGAAAGUUCCUAGGAGAUACGUUCAAGCAGUACUACGAAUGGUCUACCAUGGACAAGGGAGCCAUAGAGAAGAAGAUGGAACAUGUCAUGUAG